AUGAAACUUUCCAUCUUCAUUUUCCUAUGCUUCUCUAUACUAUCAUCCGCUAUCUAUUUUAGUGGUGGUAGCCAAAAUAGAUAUCCUUCUGAAUCUCAUGAUGGUUAUGAUGAUUACUAUGCGCCCCAGAGACCUCCGAGUUAUGAUAACUAUGGUCCACCACAUAGACCGCCACAUAGACCACCACCACGACCGUAUCCGCCGCCAAGACCGCAUCCGCCACCAACAGCUCGUCCGCCACCCUGUCCGAAAGGGUGGUACUGGACACAGAGGGAUUUCCUAGGCGACGGAAUGUCCGUAAUCCUGCCACAACCCAGUGGAGGUGUCUGGGUUGGAGUUAAAAGAGUUCCCAGAUGCAUCGGACAACACUUGACUCCCGCUUGUAAAAAAACUCAUAGCUUCUAUUGGACAGACGGUUCGGCGAAUGGAUAUGAAGCAAUGAAAUUUCAACCUAACGAACCGGAUAAUAACGGAGGCAAAAACUGUGCGUUGCUGAUGAUAUCUUACGGACCAAAAGUUCCCGCUGAACAUCCGUUGAAUAUAGGACAGAUGAUUGAUGUUCCAUGUAGCCAGAAUGCAAACUCUUAUUGGCCACCUGGCUCCAAACCCCGACAGAAUAGAGCAUAUGUAUGUGGGAGGAGGACUCCUGGCUAUGGAUAA